GCGGAGGGCCCGAGGAGGCCUUCAAAAUAUAAAAACGUCGUGCAGUGUAGCCGCAAGCAAACAAGCAGAGCCGCAAGCAAACACGCAAUUUAGAAGGAGCAAGCGAGCAGAGCCGCCAUCCGCUGCGUCCAGUUCCGCUCCAGACUCCAGAAACGCACGCGUGCUGCGGGCGCAGCAGAGCACUUGACUGACUGACUGGGGCAAUCGGCGGCGGCGAAAGCGAUCCGCCGAUGGCGCGGUCGAAGAACGGCUGCCUCAAGAUCCUCACCUGCGCCGGCGCCGGAUCCGAACCCUCCGCCGGCUCCGAUGCCGACCCCGACAACCACCCCGACGAGAACAAGGCCAUAUCAGAUAAAAGCAGAUGGAGCUUUCGUAGGAGGUCUACAAGGCAUCGAGUGUUGAAGAACUCUGAUAUCUCAGAACCUCAAACUCUUAGUUCGAGCAAAGCAAAGUCUGAUAAUACACCAAGCGACAACGUUUAUUCUUCAACAUACUCUUAUGCCUUGGAGAAGCCCCUGCAUCAAGACAAGGCAGAUGAGAAGAUUCUACAUCAAGAGAAGCUAGAGGAGAAGCCUCUGCAUCAUGAGAAGUCUGAUGAAAAGCUGAUUGAGAAGCCAAUUGAAAAGCCUGUUGACAAACCCAUGGAAGAGCCAGCUGACCAGAUAAUCGAAAAGUCAACUGAACAUCCGGCUGAAAAGAUAACCGAAAAACCAACCGCAGAGCCAACUGAAAAAAUAACCGACAGACCAAUUGAAGAGCUGGCUGAAAAGGUAACAGAGACAACAUCUGAGGAGCCAACUGAAAGGAUAAUUGAAAAUCCAAUUGACGAGACUUCGGAAAAGGCUGUUGAGGAACUGAUUGAAAAAUCAAACGAAAGUAUUCCUGUCUCAUCGACAGGGCUGAAGCAGGAGGAAACCACACCACUUGUUGCAGAAAGCAGUGCAAACACCGAGGAAGAUCAGUUGGAGUCUGCUGCUAUUGUCAUUCAGUCUGGCAUCAGAACAGUUAUUGCAAGGCAAGAACUAUCGAAUCAUAAGGAUCUCGUGAAACUGCAAGCUGUGAUACGUGGACAUCUAGUUAGAAAGCAGGCUGCAGAAUCAUUACAAUGCUUGCUUGCAAUUAUUAAAAUCCAAGGGUUAGUCAGGGCUCAUCAGGCACAACAAUCUGCAGGAAAGUUUCAGGAUACUGUCCUUCAUUCGUUGAGUGAGAAAUUGCUUCGUAAUGGAUUUGCUCUCAAGCUCAUUGACAGCAUGUCUACCUCAAAAUUCGUUCACAUAAAAUGUGAUCCUUCAGAAUCUGAUGUUACAUGGAAAUGGAUGGAGAGGUGGACAGCCUUAAUUCCUCCAAUCAAUGCGGGACACUUGCCAGAGCAUAGAGAAAAUAGUGGGUUGGUGGUUGAAAAGUUGAAAGAAGAUGCUCAGCACGAUGAUAAGAUUGUUCCUUUGGACUCAGAUCUAUCUUUCCCCAAGUUAGUGCCUGAUGAUGUGAAAGAGACACUAAAGACAUCUGAAUCUAGUGCCUCGGAGGCUCCAGCAUGCAUCCCGGAUAAAAGCUCAGUGAUGGAAAUCAAAGGUGAUCCUGAAUCAGAGUUGAUUGAAAAUUUUAGUGUUGAUGCUGAACAAGUGACUGACCAAAACACAGAAAAUGUUGUGGACGAGUCUUUGGAGCCCUCAGAUCAACAAUCUACCCAAGCUGAUUCGUCAAGGGAGCCCAGCACUCUUCCUGAAAAAUCUGAAUUAUCCAAUGAGGACAUAAGUGAUGCUUGUAAUACUGAAGAGACACUGGAGAUGGAAGGUAAAAGGUUUGUGGCAAGAAAGUCAUGCAAUCCAGCUUUUGCUGCUGCACAGUUAAAAUUUGAAGAGCUGAGUAUAAAUUCAACAGUCAGCAGGUCCAGCAGUUCAUCUUAUCUGGAUGGGGCAAGCAAGUCAAAGGAACAUACUCAUUCACAAGAAGAUCACUCUUCAAUAAAAGAUAAUGACACAAGCAUACCAGUAAGCUCAGGUGGUCAUGAUUCUAAAAUGAUAGUUGCUGCUUCAGAAUGUGGGACUGAAAUUUCAAUUUCCUCUACACUGGACUCACCAGAUAGAUCGGAAGGUGAUGAUGGGGAGAUAGUAUUGGAGAUUGGAGCUCUGGAACAUAGAAACUAUGUUGCCGAGAAAGCUGUUGAAGACACCAAUAUUGUGCAUUCUGAAGUGAAAAAUGCCCCUGAAGUAGAAGCCCAGCCGCAAAAGGAGGCACAACAGAAUGGCCACGCUACUGAUGUUGCCACUACUGCUGAGCUUGUUCAGGAAGCACAUGUUGAACUGGAAAAGUCAGAUUUGCAUGACCAUUUAGAAAAAUCUGUACAAUCUUAUGCCACACCUGAAGGAACUCCGAUGAGCCGAGCCACCAUUUCAGAAUCUCAUGGAACACCGUCAAGUGAGGUCUCUGUUAAUACCAAAAAGAGCAAGAGCAAAAAGCCCAGGUCCCAUGCAAGCGAGCGGUCACUGGCUAGUCCAAGCAGUGAAUCAGUUGGACGACGCAGCACUGAUAAUUUCUCAAAGGAUUCUAGGCAUGCCAAGAGAGAGAACUCAAGCAAGGUUGCUAAAUCUGACCACAUCGAUCAAGAACCUCGCAUUAGCAACAGCAACCCGUUGCCAAGUUAUAUGCAAUUUACAGAAUCUGCAAGAGCAAAGGCAUCUGCUAACGUGUCCCCAAAGAUGAGCCCAGAUGUACAGGACAACAAUCCGAGGAAAAGGCAUUCUUUGCCCAUGACAAAUGGUAAGCAGGAUUCAUCUCCUCGCAUGCAGCGAUCAUCAUCCCAGGCUCAGCAAAACGUGAAAAGCAAUGGCACUGUUCCUCACAGCUCAUCUGACAAGAGAUGGCAUAUCUGACGAGCACGUGCCGAGACGCCAUCAAAUAUCUAGAUGGAUUCUCAGGCUGUCAUUGCCAAUUGUGUGCACACCCUCUAAUUCAUCAGCUUUUUUCUUUAUUCAUUCGUUGUCGGAAUACUGAGUAUGGUCGGAAGAAGAGCAGCAACAGCAUAUAUGUACAUUUGUUGGUUCUUAUUGCUUUGUGUUAUUUAACUGAUAGUGAUUUAUGUGUGUAAUAGUACGUCUUUGACUUGUAAUGCAACAGCGGCCUGAAGUGUGUGGAUUGAUCUGUCUGUUAUAUUUGGCAAUAUUGAAGUUUAUGUUGGCGUGGAUAGAGUUUUCUUUCUGUA